CGCGUAGGACGCAUUCGAUUCGCAUGAUGUGUUCCGACUUUUGGGAGGGAUAUGGCGUUGACGAGUUGACGGACGAGACCGAGGAAACCGAAGAGGCGAGUGUGGACACGGAACGUGACGAAGAGAUCGAAGAAAACAUCGAGGAUGACAUUGAGGAAGAUAUGGAGAAAGAUGGUUUGCAAUGCGUCUCAUACAUCGGUGCCUUCACUCGCGCACCUCCAUCCAGGUCGUCAUCCGAGGGUAUAGAGAUGGGGGUGAGGAGACGCUUUGAAAGUGGUGGCGGUAGUUUUAUACCCGAAUCCGCAAUCUCUCUAAGUUUUUCUGAGCUCAGGCAAGAGAGUACGGGCACGGCAGCUCUACACCAAGAUUUGUUCACCAACAGGCAUGAAUAG